AUGGGUUCGGACGAAGUUCAAGACAAAAUGUACAUUUCGUACAACAAUGUCCAUCAAUUAUGUCAAGAAGCAGCAGACAAAAUUAAGGAAUUCAACCCUGACUUAAUCAUAGCUAUUGGUGGUGGUGGUUUUAUUCCAGCCCGUAUGUUACGUUCAUUCUUGAAAGAGCCAGGUCAACCAAAUGUCAGAGUUAUGGCCAUUAUCUUGUCUCUUUACGAGGUUGUUGAUGGUGCCAAUGAAGAGCAAAUUGGUACCGAGGUGGUUAGAACCCAAUGGAUUGACUACCAACAAUCCAAGAUCGAUUUAGUUGGUAAGAAGAUCUUGAUUAUCGACGAGGUUGACGAUACCAGAACCACUUUGCACUACGCCAUUUCUGAGUUGAAAAAGGAUAUUGCUGAACAAUCUGCUGCUAAGAAUGCCGAUCCAAACGAUACCACUUUUGGUAUUUUUGUUUUGCAUGACAAGGAAAAGCCAAAGAGGGCCGAAUUACCAGCCGAAAUCAUGAACGGUAACUACUUUGCUGCUAGAACCGUUCCAGACAGCUGGAUCGCCUACCCAUGGGAAGCAAUUGACAUUGUUGAGCACACCAAGAGAGCUGUUGAACAAGGAAAUGAUUGUUUCUUGCCUUAA